AUGGACAAAACCAGGAAGCGUUCGAGAGAGCUGAUAUCCGUCCCUGCUCCCAUGGAACCCGAUUCCGACUCUGACUUCAACCCCGGAGCAUAUGUAUACGAGACUAAAGCCAAGGUGAAGCGCAGCAAUGGGAGGAAGAGAAGAAAACUUGCCAGCGAUACCGAGUCAGAACUCUCCUACAAGCCCAAAUAUACGCCGAGGCCAACCGCAUCGCAGAAUGUUCUGCUGCAAUACUUAGGACGUGACCUUGAUUUGUCGUCCGACGACGACGGGCAAGUUGCGGACGACGAAAAUGGGCCUGCGAUGGAAGAAGAAGACGAUGUUGACCCUGCGGAUAGCGUCGUUCCAUCAUCUGAAGCGGAUUACUCUCCAAAGCUAUCGCGGACGUUUACCAUCCUCCAGAAGCCUCCGCCCCCGCCCGUGCCUGUUGUCGAGUUGGCUGCGAGUAGCCACACAGAAGAUGACUCGGUGACAGAACCCGAUUCGGGCGACGAAGGCCCGCCGCUGCCUGAUAUCUCUACGUACAGGAAACCUGAUCCGGAGGCGUCUGUCACGGAAAGUGAUUCUGGUGACGAUGAAGCUCUAAGCAAGCUUGAGCCAGUCCCGUCGAUAGUUUCUCCUGCCAGCAAGCCUGACAUAGAAGAAGACGCGAAACCUGACGAACCUCGAAAGAACCUGGGCCCUCGUCCGAACUUCCCCAUUCCCGACGGGCAGUCUGCCCUGGGCCCAUUGAUUCUCGAUGAAGAGCUGGAGGUCAAAGUGCCGCCGUCGAUCAACACGUUCCUCCGAGAAUAUCAGCGUGAUGGAAUACGGUUUUUCUAUGACAGGUACAAGGAAGACCGCGGGGGCUUAUUGGGCGAUGAUAUGUGA